AUGGAAGUGAUGAAAAAAUAUGAUGUUUAUAGCUUUGGAGUGUUUGCUUUGGAAAUAAUUAUGGGAAAGCAUCCAAGAGAUCUCAUAAUGUUGUAUUUCUCAUCAGCAUCUUCUAGUACAACACUGACAAUAGUUGCUCAUGAUUUGGAUUUGAAGGAAGUAUUAGACCAAAGGCUAUCUUAUCCUCGAGGCUCAGUGGCUGAGAAGGUGAUGUUGAUUGCAAGAAUAGCUUCUACUUGUUUGAAUGAAAAUCCACGUGCUCACCCAACCAUGGAGCAAGUAUGUAAAGAGCCUGCCAUGCCAAAAUCACAUAUUUCUGGUUCCAUCCAGGGCUUCAUAUAA